AUGGAAGGCAUUGAAGCAUGGCGACCCAUCAACUACCUGUAUAAGACUAGUCAAAGGGGCUGCGAGAUGUCUUACACGAGCGGGGAAGAUAUGAAAAGAGGAGGAUUCCCGUUCCCGUUACGGUAGGGUGCCAUAGGAAGGCGCAAGGGCAAGGGCUUCAGGAGAUCAAGGGCAAGGACAAGGACGAUGAAGGAACGACUGAUCUUCAAUUUCCUUCUCUUUCUUCCCGUGUGCCUGGGUGACAAAUUAGCGGAGGGUGAUUCGGCGUCUCUACCUGCGGAACAUCGGGCAGUACCCGGAAUACACCUGGGAGGCUUCGGCCCCCCACCAGGGCCUCCAAGGCCUGGCCCCCAUUUCCCACCUGGUCCCCCCCUGGGAGGUGGUCCCGGUGGGGGUCCGGGCGACCCAUGGCCUCUUACCCGACCCGACAUGCCCCAGAUCAAGGCCAUCAACGUCCAAUGCGAGAAGACUCACAUGAAGGUCUACAUCGAGUUUGAUCGACCUUUCUACGGCAUGAUCUUCUCCAAAGGUCAUUAUUCGGAUCCGAACUGCGUCCACCUGGAACCAGGGUCAGGAGCCCUGCAGGCCCAAUUCGACAUCUUCCUAAGCAGCUGCGGAAUGAGCAGUAGUGCUAAUUAUGGAGGAGGAGGAGGAGGAUACGGAGGACCCAGCCCAGCUGGAUCCUUCGUUGAAAACACGAUUAUCAUCCAAUACGACCCUCUGGUUCAGGAAGUGUGGGACCAGGCUCGAAGACUCCGAUGUACCUGGUAUGAUUACUACGAGAAGGCCGUUACCUUUCGCCCUUUCUCCGUCGACAUGUUGGAUGCUAUCACCGCUAACUUCCUCGGCGACAACUUGCAAUGCUGGAUGCAGAUCCAGGUGGGGAAAGGACCAUGGGCGUCAGAGGUGUCAGGGAUUGUGAAGAUCGGUCAGACUAUGACCAUGGUUCUUGCGAUCAAGGACGAUGAGAACAAAUUCGACAUGUUGGUCCGAAACUGCGUGGCCCACGAUGGAAAGCGGGCUCCCAUUCAAUUGGUGGACCAGUACGGAUGUGUCACCCGACCGAAAAUCAUGAGUAAUUUCCAGAAAAUCAAAAACUUUGGCGCGUCUGCCUCCGUCGUCUCCUACGCUUACUUUCAGGCCUUCAAGUUCCCGGAUUCCAUGAACGUUCACUUCCAGUGUGUCAUCCAGGUUUGUAGAUACCAAUGCCCUGAGGCUAAAUGUGGAGGAGGAGGAGGAUAUGGACCCGGACCAGGACUAGGACCAGGGCCUCUUGGAAGACCUGGACCUGGAGGUCCAGGACCUGGGGGUCCAGGUCCCUUACAUCUGGGAGGUCCUCCAUUACCCUUGGGAGGCGAUGACUUCUUCGGACCAGCUUACCCAGAUCCAAGGAUUCCGGGAGGAGACGAAUAUUCAGCGAGUGAGAAGAAGGAGACCAUUGUGUCUCCACCAGGGAAGAAGGAAAACCAGAACCUGAUCAAAGAAGGCGGGCAAGAGCCACGACUUCGUCGCCCCGUUCCAGUACCGGUCCCCUUGGCCUUCCCCAUAAGUCCUCAGAGGAUCCAAGUCCCACCCAGGGCUCAACAGGGUUACUCCUCCGUGAAAAGGGAGGGAAUAGCAGACGGAGCCUCCGUCGGAGGUAGACCACGUUCUGCUCAAGGCGAAAUCCCUAUCAUCUCUGUUCCGAGCGGCCUCCACUCUGACGAGAGGAAAGAGGAAGGAGAAGAGGGCGGUAACAGACGACGUCGUCGACGACACGUGGAACACCCUCGAAUCUACAAGCGAGAUGCGACGGAGAUGACGGACAUCGAAACGUCCAAAGUGAUCCAGGUCGUCGCUCCGGGAGACGUCGCAUUCAAUCUGCAUGGACCUGGAGAUGGAGGAAAUGAGACGGUAGUGGUGAGCAGUGUGAGUGGUGGAGACCUGGAUGGAAGCAGUAUUUGCCUAAGUGUGGCAGGCUUUGCUGCAGGGCUCAUCAUGUUGCUGCUAGUGCUCACCGUGGCAGCGCUGGUCGCUGUGUUCAUGUACCUCAGGAUCCGCGCCUUCACUAACAAGGGGUCGGCCCACACCUUCAUUCACAGCCCCAAUUCCAGCCCUGAAUUCGUCAAAGUUCAACAACCCAAUUGA